AUGACUACCAUUUCUACUAAACCUUUGAAUAAUGUAAGUUUCUUAGUUUCAAAUGUGAGAUUAAGUAAAUAUACUAAGUCAGAAUUAGAAAAUUUGGAAUUAAAAGAAUCAAGACAACAAGGAAUAGAAACAAAGAUGAUCAAAUUAGAAACUGAAACUAGAAUUGUUCAUAAGGAAAAUAAAAGGAUUAAGGAGGAUUAUCAAGUUUAUAUUCAAUAUCUCGAAAAUCAUAUCAUUAAACUUGAAAAAA